CUGAGCACUGGAGAGAGAGUAUUUGGUUAAAAGGGUUUCUGCUUUCACAGAAUUAUUCCAGGGUUUAUGUGUCAGGGUGGUGACUUCACACGCCAUAAUGGCACUGGUGGCAAGUCCAUCUACGGGCAGAAAUGUGAUGAUGAGAAUUUCAUCCUAAAGCAUACAGGUCCUGGCACCCUGUCCAUUGCAAAUGCUGGACCCAACACAAACGGUUCCCAGUUUUGCAUCUGCACUGCAGAGACUGAGUGGUUGGAUGGUAAGCAUGUGGUCCUUGGCAAGGUGAAAGAAGGCAUGAAUAUUGGGGAGGUCAUGGAGCGCUUUGGGUCCAGGAAUGGCAAGGCCAGCAAGAAGAUCACCAUGGCUGACUGUGGACAACUCGAAUAA